AUGGGAAAGUUUUUUAAUCUUUCGUUGGCGGUUUUUGCUGCCACUGGAUCUUUUCUUUUUGGUUACGAUGCAGGUGUUAUGACAGAUGUGAUAGCCUCUCAAAACUUCCUCACUUUCUUCAACACGACACAAGAUUCCUCUAUUAUCGGUGCCAUCAACUCUACAUUCAAUGGAGGUGCUGUGUUUGGUGCUCUUCAGGGUGGUCUUACUAUGGAUCGAUUUGGUCGAAAAAUUACUAUUUUUAUGGGCGCUUUGAUUUGUCUCGUUGGAGCUACGCUACAGACUGCCGCGCAGAAUUUGCCUAUGAUGCUCGUGGGUCGUAUUUUUACUGGUUGGGCUGUCGGUUUGCUGAGUAUGGCUGUACCGGUAUACAAUGCAGAGUGUGCGGAUCCAAAGAUUAGAGGAUUGAUUGUGGGAUUGAGUCAACAGAUGAUUGGAGUAGGAUUCAUUGUUUCAACUUGGGUAGGAUAUGGCUGUGGUGUUACAUCCGACGCGAGCUCUAUUCAGUGGCGAAUCCCACUCGCGGUCCAAAUGAUUCCUUGUCUCGUUCUCGCCUCUGGUAUUAUGUUCUUCCCCGAAUCACCUCGUCAUCUUAUGGAAACCGAUCGUGAAGAGGAAGCAUUGGUAAUUUUGAAGAAGUUGCAUUCCGAUGGUACAAAUGAUGAGUUUAUCCUCAAGGAAUUUAAUGAAAUCAAGGAAACCAUUGCUGCGGAAAAGGCAAUCACGGUACCCGGAUGGAGGAUUAUGUUUACAGUGCCACAAUGGAGAACGAGGUUGGGUCAUGGAGUUGCUGUUCAAGCUUUUACUCAAUUUACUGGAAUUAACGUUAUCGGUUACUAUCAAAAUACUAUGUACAAGGCGUUGGGAAUUACUGGAAAUAAAGCUUUACUUGUCACAGGAAUUUACAACUGCAUGGGACCCUUGGGAAAUCUCAUUUUCAUCAGUUUCAUGAUCGAUAGAGUAGGACGUCGCAAGCCACUCCUCUGGGGAACCGUCGGUAUCACCAUCGCCCUCGUUUGCCAAUCUAUACUCAACAGUCGCAUCGACGCCACAAAUCCACAACACGGUCUUUCCAUCGGCGGAGUCUUCUUCAUUUUCUGCGUCACCGUCAUCUUCUCCUUUUCAUGGGGUCCCAUCUCCUGGGUCUACAUGUCCGAAGUAAUGCCCAUGCAAAUCCGCGCUCGUGGAAAUGCUUUCUCGACUGGAAUUGGUAAUUGGCUCGUAGCUACUUUCUGGGCUCAAGUUUCUCCUCAAGCUUUGAAGCAUUUGACGUGGAAAUUUUAUUUCUUGUUUGCUGCAUGGAACGUAGUAGUUACCAUCCCCGUAGUAUUUUUCUUCUUCAAAGAAACCAAACAACUCUCCCUCGAAGAAAUCGAUCUCCUCUUCGGCGAACGCGCACUCGGUACCCUACCCGAAGAUAUCUCCAAGGGAUUGGAGACCGAACAUCAUGAAAUGCAUCCUAAAGGUCAAGAUGAAGUUUAG